AUGUGGGUUUUCAUUUAUGAAAGUAAACUGGGUACAAUAAGAAGGAAUGUGGAAAUAGGAAGCGUUUAUACUUUUGGGAGAGAUAAAGAUUCACAGAGUGAUAAAUUCAUUACCUGUGAACUGUUAUCUAUAUCUAAAGAACAAUUCACUUUUGAAGCCAUUGCGAAGGAUGGGCUGAACGGAGAACCUUGUUUGAAGAUGAGUUUUUUGUCCAAGGCCAGUACUAUCAUAAAUGGUAUUAAAUAUAAAUGUGGGAAGGAUAAAUCACCAGUAAUUGAGAAAUUUCUUGAUAUCAAACUCAGUAUAAGCUUUCGUGAUCCUGAUCAUAAGAUAACUAUCUCCUGGAUACCUGUGAAAUUAGUAGCUGGAAACAUGGAUCUAUCAUCACGUAUUAAAAAUUUGUCGGAGAAGUACGACUUCUCGAUUUGUGAAGAUCUGAGUGGUGAAGCUAUUAUCACUACAGGAGAAGUUGACGAAAAGGUAAAAGCCUUGGCUCCAAACAUGAAGAUUUUGAAUAUCAAAUGGAUGGAAGAGCUCCAAGGAAGUAAUGAGGACUUUCUCGACGAAAAGUAUAUGGAAAAGUAUGAGAUCGAACUUCCUACUGAAAAGAAGAGACCUUUAGAGUUAGUCACAGAGACUAUGGAACCAGAGGUUGCUGAAACUCAACAAAGUAGCCAAAGAAGAAGAAAAAGAGUUAAAGUAUCUAAACCAGCUUUCGAGGAUCUUUUCCUGUUCACCCCAAUGGGACCAGAAGAGUCUCAAGUAAAGGAUACAGUAGUCGAACCCUUUGAAAUUGAAGAGAAUUCUACCAGAGCAACACCUACCACAGAUGCCCAUGCCAAUGAUACUCCUACACAUCCAUCUAUAACUCAAUCUGUGGACUCAGAAACUCAAAUGCCCGAGAGACAAACUGAAGAGGUCAUACCUGAUAGCGACACAGAAUCGAGCCCAAUUUCUCUUGUGGAAGAAACUAAACAUGAUGAGUCCAUAUUAGUUCAAACAUCCAAACGUAAAAUAACAUUAUCACAAAUGAAACAAGACGAUACCGAAAUAAAGAUGGAAGAUCCUGAGCCAAAGAAAAGAAAAUUAAACACAAAUGUAGAAUUCAUUAGAGCUAUACAAGCCACCAAAAAAGAAGGUGAAGACAGAACCAAUGAUCUUAGUAUGGGAGAUAUUGAUGAAGAGGAUAUAAAGAACAGAAUUGAUGAUCUUUUGAUUAUUGAAACUUUCGAAGUCCGCCCUAGACCCAAAGCAAGUGAAGUUGAUAAUUCACAAAAGUACGCUGGACGUAAGAAUUUCAAGACCUUCAAAAAAGCUAAAAAAUCAACUCAAAAAGAAAUCAUUCCUCUUGAAGCAUUACCUGAACCAAAGUAUAUACCAAAAUAUCAGGAAGAGGAAUAUGAAGAAGCCUAUCUCGCUUCACAGUUCAACCAAAUAUCAGGAUUUGAUCCUGAAGUUCAACAACCAGGACAAUUCUUCAAUGACGAGUCCGGUAUGAAGUCCAAUGAUAUUUUCGUAGGCGAUGAAUCACAAUCUCAAAUGUUGGAGGUUCCUUCAAACAGGCCAAGUCCAAGAAAGUCAAGGCAAAGACCUAAACCCACAUAUACUGAUAUGGAUGAUGAUGAAGACGAUGACGAUGACGACGAAGAUUCAGAAUUACCCCGGUUUACAUUCAAACCUACAUAA